GUGAUCAAUUCAAACUCGGACGAUCUCGGUACAAGUUAAUUUUGACCAACCGAACAUUUUGAAUUAUAUUACUAUAUCCAAGAAUCGAAUGGCAAAGCGCGGGAUUCUGAUUUCGGUAUGAAGCAGAAAACAAAAAAAGAGGAUUACAAUUCUUCGGCACAGAUUCCCCAUUUUCUCCUCCCGCCCUUCAACCCAACCGCCGCCGUCGCCGUCGCCGGCGGGAUCUCCUCCUGCCGACGACCGCGCGCCACCCGAAACUACGCCAUGCCAAUGGCUAGGGCACCGCUCAGCAUCAUUCUCAAAUCAACCUCGUCGCACGCGAUCGUCCUCUUCCUCUUCAUCGUCCUCCUCCAUCUCGCCCUACCUUCCUCCGCGCAGCAGCCAGAGGUCGCCGUGCCGCCUUCCUCCGCGCCGCUGCCGGAGGGCGAGGCGCUCCUCACAUUCAAGGCGUCCGUCGCCAACAGCGCCCCCGCGCUGUCCAAUUGGACCGCCGACGUGCCGCCGUGCACCGACAGCACCGCGAAUUGGAUCGGCGUCCUGUGCGAGAACGGAACCGUCGGCGGCCUCCAGCUCCACGGCAUGAGCUUGGAGGGGGCGAUCGACGUCGACGCGCUCGCGCUGCUGCCUAAUCUGAAGGUCCUCGACUUCUCCCGCAACAGAUUCGGCGGUCCUCUGCCUAAUCUGGCGGCGCUCCCCAACGUGAGAGCUGUUUAUCUCUCGAAUAAUAAGAUGUCCGGUGCGAUUGCGGCUAACGCAUUUGUAGGAAUGUCGGCGUUGGCGCUGCUUGAUUUGGAUAAAAACCUAUUCUCCGGCGAGAUUCCGACGUCUCUGGCCGGUCUCCCGGCGCUGCAGGAGCUGAUGCUGCAGAACAAUAAGUUCAAAGGAGGAUUGCCGCAGUUCCGAGAAGGUCAAUUGAAGAACUUCAGCGUCGCCAACAACGGUCUCACCGGAGAAAUCCCUACCGGCCUCAGCCAUUUCGGUACUUCUGCCUUUUCAGGUAACAGUAAUUUAUGUGGGAAACCACUAUUACUAUGCCCGGACCACCCGUUGCGGCUCUCCCUUGUUCCAACAGUAAUGAUGUCAAUCGUGGUCGUGGCGGCAUGGGCGGCCCUAGUAGCGGUGAUACCCAUCCUCUGCCUCGCCCGACGUCGUCGCCGCGCCCUAAUGCAGGACCCUGACGAGCUUGCCCGAGCAGCGGUCCUGGUCCCGGGUCCAGACCCGGAGAUGAUGGAGCGCGGCGAGUGCCGAGGGAAUUGCCUGCCGUUUGCCCCCGCCGCGCGCAAAUCGGAGGGCAACGUCGUGCGGAUGACGUUCCUCCGAGAGGACCGCGACACAUUCGACAUGACGAACUUACUCAAGGCGUCGGCGGAGAUCCUCGGGAGCGGCGUCUUCGGGUCGACCUACAAGGCCGCCCUGACGGAGCGGCAGAGCGUGGUGGUGAAGCGCUACCACCACAUGGGCAACGUGAGCCGGGACGACUUCCAGGAGCACAUGCGGCGGCUCGGCGCCCUCCGCCACCCGAACGUCGUCCCACUCGUCGCUUUCUACUACCGCCGCGAGGAGAAGCUCCUCGUCUACGACUACGUCGACAAUACCAGCCUCGCCGCCCUCCUCCACGCCAACCGCUCCCGCUCCCACCCCGGCCGGAAAAUCCCCGACUGGCCGACGCGGCUCCGCAUCGCGAAGGGCAUCGCCCGGGGGCUCCUCUACCUCCACGACGAGCUCCCCAUCCUCACCGCCGCCCACGGCCACCUGAAAUCAUCCAACGUCGUCAUCGACGGCGCCAACGCGCCGUGGCUGACGGACUACGGGCUCGCCCCGGUGGUGAACCAGGAGCACGCGGAGCAGCACAUGAUCUCGUACAAGUCGCCGGAGUACAAGCGCUCCCGCCGGAUCACGAAGAAGACCGACGUGUGGAGCUUAGGGAUCCUCAUCCUCGAGAUCCUCACGGGGCGGUUUCCGGCGGCGUUCAUCAAGCAGAGGAGGGACGCGACGGACGCAGACGCGGCGGCGUGGGUGGCGGCGGUGGCGAGCGACGAGGCCGGUGGCGGGGACGUGUUCGACGUGGGCAUGGGGAGGGGAGGAGGGUGCGAGGGGGAGAUGGCGAAGCUGUUGAAAAUAGGGUUGGAGUGUUGUAAGGCGGAUGUGGAGGAGCGGCCGGAUAUUAAGGAGGCGGCGCGGCUGAUUGAGGAGGUGAGGGAGAGGGAAAUUGUUUGAAUAUGGCAAUGUAGAGAUGGAUGAAUUAGAAUGGAGAUUGGAUGAUUAGCUUGGUUUUUAGGGGGUUUGAUUUGAUGAAUAUAUAUAUUCAUCAAUGUGUUGAGCUUGAUAUUAAUGGUCUUGGGUUUUUUUAGUCAUCUUUUAAUGAUAGUGUAAGAUUAGUUUAGUAGGUGUUAGUAAACCAUCUCUUUGUGUGAAGUGGGGUCUAGGAGUUCAGAUUUGUUAAUGGAUUGUAUAUAUAUUAGUUUAUUGAUCUUAGUUAUAUUGGAGAAUC